AUGGAUGGUUGUUACUCUGUAAGCAACUACGUGUGUGACAAUGCAAAUACUUUCUUUGUUACUGUCCCACACAAAACCAAAAUCAAGCUAGGCAGGGCAGCAAAAUUUGAAGAAAUACGUGAUGAUGGAUUUCCUGUGUACUACUUCAAUUUUCUUGCAUAUGGUCAAUUAGGUGCAAGGCUUGAUAACCAUAAGACACUCACAGAUUAUAUCGGAAGAGUUGAAAAUGUGUAUGAAGUAGUCAGAACUCAAGGAAAUGCAAUUUUGAAACUCAAACUAGAAAAUUUGAGUGGAACAAUGAUUGAGACAACUUUCUGGGAUGAGGCGGCUAACUCAUUUGAUAAAGAAGCUAUCGAAGCAUUACCUUCUCCUGUUAUUGUUGCUAUUACUUCAAUGAAAGUCACACAGUAUCUAGGAAAUUUGCAACUGACAGCAACUCCAGCCUCAUAUAUUUACAUCAACCCCACUAUUCCCGAGGCUGCUGCAAUGGCUGUUGAGUUUGUCGAACGACAUAAUCAAAACCCUGUACUCAAGAUAAAAUACCAAAAAAGUAAAGAUGUACAAGUCGAAAAGAAAAGAAACAGGUUUCCAUUGGUAGACUUGCUAUCUCAAAACCCAAACCGUUAUGCAGGAGCUCAGUUCACUUGCAAAGCAUCUCUGGUUAGCAUAGAUGCAAGCAAGGCAUACAUCGCAGAUGAGACCGCUCAAGCAAAGAUAGUCUUUUUUGAUGCUGCAGCUAGAAUGUUGUUCCAAACAGAUUGCAACACACUCAUUGAUCAUCAUGGAUACACUGAUCCGUACACAUUGCCUGCACCACUCACCAUUCUCAUAGGCCAGCCAAAAAUAAUUCAAUUCCGAUUCGCAAGAUUCUGUAGGCCGAGUGCUAAAGACUUUGUAGCAGAUGCUGUUUUUGAAGAUAUAGUUUCUCCAGAAAAAGAAAGUCACACAGAAACAGACAUUAUCAACCAACCAACUGCCUCAGCACCAUAA